AGGUGCCCUGGGCCCCUGGGCCCUGUCUCUGGCUUCACUCUGCUUUGCCUCAGGGAGGCUGCCUGGCUCCCUCCCUCCUUUGGGCAGAGGCUCCAGGGGCAUGUCCUGUUUGAGAAGUUUACAAGGUUUCACCCACUCCUUCAUUCUCAAACAUGCUUUUCCCUGCUCAUUACCCUCCCUGCUUCCUCCUGGACUGACAAGCUCCACUCUGCAGCUUGAGCUGCCACCACCACUGUGUCUGAGCCUGCAUUAACACAGGUAUUCAAAAAGGAAAUCGAGGUGCCCACAAGUGACAGUAGCUUUUAUGGAAGCCAGGCUCUGGAGGGCAGCAGGGCCCCCAUUUCUUUCUGGGGCCCAGUGAAGGGCAAAGGCUAUUUUCUGCAUCAGGCCCUGUGACAACCAUUCAUUCAUUCAUUCAUCUGUUCACUGGUUCCUUGCCAUAAGUACUUAUCAAGUAAAACUGUGUGAAAACACUCUUAGGGCUUACUACCAUAACACAGAGACAAUUGUAAAAUUAACUGAGCCAAGAAAGGCCAUUAAAAGGGCAAAUUGAGUUUGUUAGUAGAAUACCAUGAAUUCAAGCUACCUUAGAAUCUCAGAACUUCUUCAGAAGCUUCCUGGAUUGGGCUUAUGUUACUUUCCAGUAACUUCCAUAGCAUUACAUUCCAUGCUUAAAACGUGGACUUCUGGCAAGCAAGAUACGUGGGGCCGCCAUUUACAUUGCUUAUAACAUGUGUGGCAUCUCUUAGAGGUGUGCAGUGCACAUCCUUCCCAGCUGUCCAUGGCAGCCCUGGUUUCAGUAAAACUGAAUUCUUGGUUUUGCCACUUACUGUUUGUGAAGCAGCAUGUGUUUGUCUUGCUCCACUAAACUUGAGUUCCCCAUCUGUAAAAUGCAGAUUUUGGUUCCUGAGCCCAGGUACCAUUCAGUGAGGACCAGAAGAAGGAGGCAUAUUAAAGUCACAUGGUCUACACUCAAGAUAGUCACCAUUGCUGUUUCUGAAAUGAAUGAUCUUUGCACAUGGUUCUUCACCCAGGCACAUGGUACACUCUGAAAGGAAUAACCUUCCCUUACACUUUCCAGAAAAUUGAGGUCACUGACUUACUUCCUUCUGGAACCCUCUUCCUCCGGUCUCCAGACUGCCCUCUGGCUCCGUCCCUUGGGCUGAGUUACAGCAGAGCCAGUUCUGUAGAGCUUUCCUUGCUAAGGCAGUUACCUCUAUGUCUCCAGCCAGCCCAUUGGCCUUAGUCUGCAUAUCUGAUCCUGGGAAGCACUGCGACCCUUAGCUUUUGGGCAGCCAGUUGUGUGCUGGCCUCUUGGGGAACCAGCCCAGGGAACACAAUUAGGAAGGUUAACAGGAAAAGUGGGGUGCAGAGGCAAUUCCAGGCAGCUGGCAGCCCUGCUGAAUUGGAGGCACCCCACCAAUGAAAGCUGCAGCAAGAGCAAAUUAAACCUCCUAUCUGCCAUCUCACUCUCUUUUCUCCCCUUUCCUGUUUGGACUUGAAAGACGAUUGGAGCCAGGGCCCUGACAGUUGACGGAAGUGCUGCAAGGAGAGAGUAUUUAUUUACAGUGAGUCGUGGUGAUGCGGUUUCUUGCAGGAAGUUCUGUCCCCACCCCCGGGUUUGAUCAUUUCUCCAAAAAAAAAAAAAAAAAAAAAAAAAAUCCUUGAUUGUUGAGGCCUCUGCUCUGACUUGGAGCAGUGUGCUGUCUAACCUGUCUGUACUUGGAGGUUUGCUGGGGGCAUGCUGGUAGGAGGGCCUGGAGUGGGAUGUCCCAGCGCCCAAAUCCUUGCAGCAGGCUUUUGUGAGGAAUUUCUGCCGCUGUGGAAUUCAUCCCUCCUUAUGAAACUCUUGUCCCUCUGUCUAUUGCAGUCCUGUGGCAUUAUGCAUGCCCCCUGCCAGUGACCCCAGGCUUUUUAUGGCUGUGAGACACAGUAAAAGCUCAGGGGUGAAAAGUGACCUUUUGAGGUGACUGUAACUGAAGAUUGCUUUACGGAAGCCAGAAAAGGUUUUUGAGUCAUGAUGCAAGAAUCUGGGACUGAGACAAAAAGUAACGGGUCAGCCAUCCAGAAUGGGUCGAGCAGCGGCAACCACCUGCUAGAGUGUGGCACUCUUCGGGAGGCGAGGUCCAACGGGGAGGCGCCGGCCGUGGACUUGGGCGCUGCUGACCUCACCCACGUGCAGCAGCAGCAGCAGCAGCAGCAGGCCCUGCAGGUGGCAAGGCAGCUCCUUCUGCAGCAGCAGCAGCAGCAGCAGCAACAGCAACAGCAACAGCAAGUUAGUGGAUUAAAAUCUCCCAAGAGGAAUGACAAACAGCCAGCUCUUCAGGUUCCCGUGUCAGUGGCUAUGAUGACACCUCAAGUUAUCACUCCCCAACAAAUGCAGCAGAUCCUCCAGCAACAAGUGCUGAGCCCUCAGCAGCUCCAAGUUCUCCUCCAACAGCAGCAGGCCCUCAUGCUCCAACAGCAGCAGCUUCAAGAGUUUUAUAAAAAACAGCAAGAACAGUUGCAGCUCCAACUUCUCCAACAGCAGCAUGCUGGAAAACAGCCGAAAGAGCAACAACAGGUGGCUACCCAGCAGUUGGCUUUUCAGCAGCAGCUUUUACAGAUGCAGCAGCUCCAGCAGCAGCACCUCCUGUCUUUGCAGCGCCAAGGCCUCCUAACAAUCCAGCCCGGGCAGCCUGCCCUUCCCCUUCAGCCUCUGGCUCAAGGUAUGCAUUGACUACA